AUGCCGGUCAUACAAAUCGAAAUUAUCUCGGACGCCAUCUGUCCCUGGUGCUAUAUCGGCUACCGAAACCUCCAAAAAGCCAUUAAACUCUACCAAAAGACAUAUCCCGGCGGAUCCCAAGUUGUGUUUGACAUAACGUGGAAACCCUACUUCCUCGACCAGAUUCCUCGCGAGAAUCGAAUGCUCCGUCGCAUGAACCCUGACAUGGUUCACGGUGCUCAGAUGCGCCUGAAGCGAGUGGGCAUGAGCGUCGGGAUCGACUUCAAAUUUGGCGGAUGGAUCGGGAGUACGCGCAAGGCGCACCAAUUGCUCUAUUUAGCUCGCAAGGAGAGCAGUGAGCUGCAAUGUCAGCUAUCCGAGAUGCUGUUCCACUAUCAGUUUGAAAAAGAGGCCGAUAUUAGUCGGCCGGACGUACUGGUGAAAGCAGCGAUGCAGGCUGGAAAUCCAGAACAGAAGGUCCGGGGAUGGCUGUCUAGUGAAGAAGGCAUUGAGGAGACGGAGGAAGAGGCCAAGAAGAUUAGGGAAUCCGGUAUUGUCGGCGUACCUCAUUUUAUUAUUCGUGGGACAGAGCACUUGAAGGGAGCGGAGGAUAUCGAAGAGCUGUUUCAGGCUUUUUUCACAGUGGGUGAGAGGAAGUAA